AUGUUGCCUCUAAAGUUAAACUGUGGCCAUUGUUUUUCUUUGUUCCUUCCUUCUUUCUUUCUUUCUUUUGCCCUUUUUUUACGUCUCAUGAAUUAUUUCUUUUUCUUUCUUUCUUUUAUCCCGAUUCGUCCCACUAUCAUUUCUUCUUUCUUUUCUUCUUUCCAUCCUACCUUACAUCCAUGCCGCCUCUCUUUCUUCCCGCUUUCUUUCAUUGACAUCUCUUCUUUCCUUACGUCCCUUCUUACAUCUAUCCCUCUUCCAUUCUUUCUUUCUUUCAUUUUCCCAUCUUUUUUUACCUUUAUUAUCUCCGUUCUUUCUUUCUUUCUUUCUUUCUUUCUUUCUUUCUUUCUUUCUUUCUUUCUUUUCCUUGGCGAUUUGCUUUAUUUCUUUGUUUCUUCAAUCCUCCUUCACUCAGUUUUUCUUUCAUUCAUUAUUCUCUUUUUCUUCUUUCUUUCUUUUUUUAAUUUUCUUCCUUCCAUUUCUCCCUCCUCACUUCCUAUCCUCGUGUCUUCAUUGCUUUCUUUCCUUCUUUCAUUCCUUGCUUCUUUCUUUCAUGCUUCUUUCUUUCUUCUCUCUUUCAUUGUUUUCUUAAUUUUCCUCUCAAUCUCUCUUUGCCUUUUACCUGCCUCCUCUCUUUGUCCCUUCCUUCUAUCAUUUCUAACUUCUUUCUUUCUUUCUUUCUUUCUUUCUUUCUUUCUUUCUUCUCUCUUUGCUAACCUCUUUCAUUUUUUAACCUUUCCAUUCUUCCCCUCUUCUUUUCUUUAUAAUUAUAUUAUUUAUUCCUUCUCUUGUUUUCUUUUUUCCGGAUUUAUUUCAUUCAUUUCUUCUUUCUUACCCUUCACUUUUUGCACCAAUCUUUCUUUCUUUCUUUCUUUCUUUCUUUCUUUCUUUCUUUCUUUCUUUCUCGUAACCUUUUCUUUUAUUAAGUCCUAUUCUAUUUUUCUUUCUUUCUCAUAA